ACCUUCCAGAGCCCCUGCACUCUUGUCUCUCUCUGUCCCUGCAGCAGCAUCAGUCAGCCCCGAUCCUGCCAGCUGUCCAGCUCCACAGGCUGUCUUCUCUCCUCCUCAGCUUUGUCCUUCAGGCACCAUGAAGAGCGCCAUGCUGUUCGCAGCUGUCCUUGCCCUCAGCUUGGCUUGGACCUCUGGGGCUGUGUGUGAGGAGCCACGCGGGCAGGGAGGGAGGCUCAGUAAGGACUCUGAUCUCUAUCAGCUACCUCCAUCCCUGCUUCGGAGACUCUACGACAGCCGCCCUGUCUCUCUGGAAGGAUUGCUUAAAGUGCUGAGCAAGGCCAGCGUGGGACCGAAGGAGACAUCACUUCCACAGAAACGUGACAUGCACGACUUCUUUGUGGGACUUAUGGGCAAGAGGGACAGCCAGCCAGACACUCCCACUGACGUGAUUGAAGAGAACACCCCCAGCUUUGGCAUCCUCAAAUAGGCCCCCCAGUGCAGAAAAGCACUCUACUCCUGGACCGCGGAUUGCAUCAUUAAGACACGGUCCCCGAGGCGGUCCCAGAGUCUGUGCUCCUGCUUCCUUUUCUCCUCUCGUCUGCAAGGUCCUCCUGUUGGCUCCCUUCCCGACUCAGCAUAGAAGCUGCAUAGGAACAGCCUCAACCCAUAUCCACUAUGGUUUCUGUAGUGUCCUGCAUUAAAAAUACAGUGUCUCCUCUGCAACAAUAAAGGGUUUUUACAAAGGAG